GUGCAGUGGGAGGAGGCGGCGCCGCCUGGCCUGCAGCCCCGCCCGGGGAGCCCCCGGCAGGAGCCAUGCUAGCGUGCCUGACCCGGGGGAACUUUCUGGACGUCCUGCAGGAGGGCUUCAACGAGCAACUGCAGGCAUACGUGGCCUGGGUGAACGCGCAGCUGAGGAGGAGCCCAGCAGUGAAGCCCGUACAGGACCUGCGACAGGACCUUCGGGAUGGGGUGAUCCUGGCUCAUCUCAUCGAGAUUGUUGCAGGAGAAAAGCUGAGUGGGGUACAGCUGAGUCCUAGAAACCAACAGGAGAUGAAGAAUAAUGUGGAGAAGGUGCUACAGUUUGUGGCCUCCAAAAAGAUUCGUAUGCACCAGACUUCAGCUAAAGAUAUUGUGGAAGGAAACCUGAAGUCUAUCAUGCGGCUGGUGCUUGCCUUGGCAGCUCACUUCAAACCCGGCUCUGGCAGGACAGUGAGCCAAGGACGGGACUUCAGAGCCCCUCUGCAGAGUCACCAGCCACACUGUGCCACGGCUGUGGCCCAGGGAGCAGCUGCUGCUCUGGCUGAUGUGUGUCAUGACAUGUCACGGUCAGGACGGGACGUCUUUCGGUACAGACAGAGGAACAGCAGCACGGACGAGGAGAUCGAGAAUCCGUACUGGAGCGUGCGCGCUCUGGUGCAGCAGUACGAAGGGCAGCAAAGGUCCCCGUCUGAGUCCAGCUGCUCCAGGUAA